AUGGACCUCUGGGGCCCCAAUCCCACCCCCACCAGGCAAGGUCAUCGCUACCUGCUCAUACUGGUAGAUGACCACAGUCGGUACUCCACUGUCUCUCUCCUUCGCAAGAAGGCGGAGGCCCCGGCUGCCAUUAUUGCCUGGGCUGAACAAGCACGCACCCAUUUCAAACGCCCUGUCUCUCGCUUCCAUUCCGAUGGCGGCGGUGAGUUCCUUAACCGGAUGCUUUCCUCCUACUGCUCCACCCAUGGCAUUAUCCACACCUACACCCUUCCUCAUUCCCCUCAGCAAAAUGGUGUGGCGGAGAGCAGGGUUCGGGAGGUCACCAAGACCGCUCGAUGCCUCAUGGUCCAUGCCUCCUGCCCGCCUUCUCUGUGGGGUUAUGCUAUCCUCCACGCCGCCAUCCUCACUAAUCUCUACCCCCAUCCCUCACGGCCCACCACUACUCCCACCGAACUCUGGACCUCCACUAAACCCGACAUCUCCCCCCUGCGCGUGUGGGGCUCCAAGGCGUAUGUUCUCAUACACCCUGAGGACCGUUCACGUGCAGCUGGGAAACUUGCCUCCCGCACCCUCCCUUGCAUCUUCAUUGGUCAUAACCCCACCUCCCCGGACUACCUCUUCCUCCACCCCCCCUCAGGUCGUCUCAUUCGUAGUCGGGAUGUGGUUUUUGAUGAAGCCAAUCCGUACUACACCUCCCCCUCCGCCCCUAACCCCCUCCCCCUCACCAUACGUCCUCUCCUCUGGACUGACACUGUCAUCACCCCUCCCCUUCAACCUCCCCCCACCCUGGUCAUACCCGCACCCCCACCCCCUCCCCCCUCUCUCCCAACCUCCUCAGGGGACAUCCUUGACCCGGCUGCCCCACCCUCCCCUUCCGCUGUAACUCCCUCUUCCCCCACUGACCCUCCCCCUCUCCCCGCUGACCCCCCCCCUCCCUCCCCACCCCCUCCCCCUCCCUCUCCAUCCCCUCCCCCCCUGAACUCUCCCCCACCCCCUCCCCUCUCCCAACCUCCACCCUCCCCAUCUCCUCCUUCGCCCCCUUCCCCUCCACCAUCUCGGCCCUUACUUUCGUCCCCUCCUCUGCUCCUUCGUCACUACCCUCACACCCGCUCCACAGUCCCCAUCCUUGGUCCCCCACGGUCCAAUCACCUCUCCCUCCGGUCUCUCACAUCCAUUCCACUCCUCCACCACUCUAGCACUUCCCCACUCCCCCGCACCAGCCCCUCAGGUUCUCACACCAGCCGCGCUCCCGUCUCCCUGCCCCUCACGGCAACUCAGCGCAGCAGAGCAGCAUUGCAGCUGUCUCCUCGCCCCGACCCUCGGCGCAGCAGAGCAGCAGUGCAGCCGUGUUCCCGCUCCAGCCUGACCCUCCAGCGCAGCUGUCUUGCAUCUUCACCGCCUCCUCUUCCUCCUCCUCUCUCUCCGGACCUCUAUGAAGACUCUCAUGAUGAACUCCUUUUCCUCCACCUCCUCUCACCCACCAUCGCCCCUGUCGUCCGCACCAUGGCUGGUACUACGGUCCUUCUUUUCUCCAACACCCCCACCAUCUACGAACCCACCACCUACGAGCAAGCAAUUGCAUGUCUUGACGCACCUCUCUGGAUCGAGGCCAUGGUCAAGGAAUGCAACGCCUUCAUCCACAACCGCUCUUUCCUCGACGUCCCUCGCCCCUCCAAGCACAACGUGGUCAAAGGCAGGUGGCUCUUCCGAGUAAAACUACUCCCUGGUGAAGCUCCUGUCUACAAGGCUCGGUAUGUGGCGAAAGGCUUUACACAGACUUAUGGCUCGGACUUCUUCGAGACCUACUCACCUACCGCCACUCCGCCGGUCAUUCGCGUGUUUCUGGACUUCGUUGGCAGACGCGGGAUGCUCCUCCACUCCAUGGAUGUCACCACGGCCUUCUUACAAGGCGACCUCCACGAACUCAUCUUCUUGGAACGUCCCAAGGGCUUCCACGCUCCUCACGACCCUGCCACCGUCUGGAAACUACUACGCCCUGUUUACGGGCUCAAACAAGCACCUCGAGAAUGGCACGCCAAACUCUCAUCCACCCUUCGCGCACUUGGCUUUCGCCCCUCCCGUGCUGCCUCUUGCCUCUUCCUUCGCUUAACUCCGUCACCCUUCUUCAUCCUCGUCUACGUCGACGACAUGCUGCUAGCAGCUGAGACAGCUGCUGAACUUCAGGAGGUCAAGGAUGAGCUGCAGCAACGUCUCGCCUGCAAAGAUCUGGGGGAAGUCCGCAACUACCUUGGCAUGGAGAUCACCCGCGACCUCACUGCCAAGACUAUCACCCUCUCUCAGUCAUUCUACAUCGGGAAGGUGCUCGAGAGAUUCGGCAUGUCCAAAUCCAAACCCAUCCCCACACCACUUGCAUUCGGGCAUCGGCUGUCCCCUCCAGCCACUCCUGUCACCUCCCCUCAUCCCUAUGCAGAACUCGUUGGGGCCCUGAUGUACGCUAUGGUCUGCACUCGUUGGGGCCUUGCAUACCCCGUCAGUGUCCUGGCGCGGUUUGUUGGCACUGGCAGGCAUGGUGAGGAGCACUGGAAGGCGGCCAUGCGUGUUCUGCGCUACCUCCAAGGCACAAAGGACUAUGGCCUCACGCUUGGUGGUGUGGACCCACCUGUUCUUCAAGGCUUCAGUGACUCAUCUUGGGCGGAUGCACAGCCGGACCAUCGCAGUUCUCAAGGAUAUGGCUUCUCCCUUGGGAGCGGCCUCAUCAGCUGGCGCUCCACUCGCUCCUCCUCCGUCGCCCUCUCCUCCUGCGAAGCCGAGCUGUACGCAGUCACCAUGGCGGCUCAAGAGGCACGCUGGCUUAGCUAUCUUCUCACCGACCUUGGCUCACCACAGCCCUGCCCCACCCUGUGGUGUGACAACGAUAGUACCAUCCACCUCACCAAGGAGGCCGUCUUUCAUGGUCGCUCCAAACACAUCGAACUCCGCUACUACUUUGUCCGCGAUCUUGUGCAAGAUGGUCACAUCACUGUUCGUAAAAUCGACUCGUCCGCCAACCUCGCUGACCUCUUCACCAAGGCUCUCCAUCGCUCUAACCACUCUGCGCUCCUGCGCCUUCAGGGACUUGCUCCCCGCGGUGGCUGA